AUGCGUUUAAAAUUUGGUUCAGUACGUGAACGUCAUAAUUCAUCCGUCGUCACAACAACCCAAUAUACACUUUUCGUCUUAGGAGGCUCUAAGGUUGGUAAAAGUGCCCUUGUGGGUCAGUUUUUAUGGGAAGAAUUUAUCAGAGAGUAUCAUCCAACAGUGGAAGAAUUCAAUUGGAUUGAAUAUAAGAAAGAUGACGGUGGCAAGACACUUUUACAAGUAAUCGAUUCUAGUGGAUCGCGGGAUUUUUUGGCUAUGAGACAUUUAUAUGAAACAAUUGGUGAUGCUUUUGUUAUUGUGUUUGCAGUGGAUGAUCCAAUAUCAUUAGAUGAAGCUAAAGAUAUUGUUAAAGAAGUUCGACUACGAAAUAACAAAAAAGCGCCAAUACUUUUGGUUGCUAAUAAGAUCGAUUUGUAUGAAUGUGAAGAACAAUGGGCAACAAAAGAAUCGAGAAUUUAUGCGGUCGAGAAUAAGCUGCAUUUUGCUGCCCUUUCUGCUACUAAUCUUUUCCAGGUAACCGAGAUUUUUCGGCGUGUACUAAGUGAAAUUGGUGAUUUUCAUCCAACCCAAAUGAAAAAACGUCGUCAAUCAAUGCCAAAUACUCGAGGAAGUAGUUAUAGUGAUAUUGAAGUUAAGGCUAUUGAAUUAUUGGCCAGAAAGCAUGCUGCAAGCAAAAAAAGGUCAUGCACAAUAUCUUGA